CUUUUAUUUAUGACUCAACCAAAUUCGAAUCACACCUUACGUAACCGCGUUUCACAAACCUUUAUCUUCACCGGAAAAACACUCAGAACCCACCACCACCGUCGCAGUCGUUACCAUGGAAGUAGGAGGAGGCGGAGGAACGCUCUCAGAAGUACACCAAAGCGCGAAGAAGCUGCUACUUCGUUGUCGCGAUGGCCUCGAACGUCUCGAGCGCCUCGAACAUUCCACCUCCACCUCCGCCGCUGCCGUCGGUGUCGAUUCAGAGCUUUCCUUCUCCGUGAAGAGAGAUAUCAACCAGAUCCAAUCCCUCUGCGUUGAGAUGGACCGUCUUUGGCGUUCCCUUGCAGCCAAACCUCAGCGUGAUCUUUGGAAAAGAAAGGUGGAACAAAUCGCUGAAGAGGCUGAAUCAUUGAAAGAAAGUUUGGAUAAAUAUAACUCAAGGAGUCAGAAACGGAGUAGAGAAGCUAAAGAGAGAGCAGAACUUCUGGGACGAAUGAAUGGGGAUUCAUCUCACGUUUUGCAAAUUUUCGAUGACGACGCACAAGCUAUGCAUUCAGUUCGUAGUUCUUCCAAGGAGCUUGAAAAUGCUAAUGCACUUGGUGAGGCUAUCCUUUCUUCAAUGCAUGGUCAAAGGGAACGCUUGAAGAGUGCACAACGAAAGGCUUUGGAUGUCCUCAAUACAGUGGGCAUAUCAAACAGAGUUCUGAGACUAAUUGAGAGACGAAAUCGAGUUGAUCAAUGGAUCAAAUAUGCAGGAAUGCUAUUGACUGUUGUUUUCUUGCUUGCCUUUGUUAUGUGGAGACGUUGACCAGUUAGGUGUUGGAACACUUUCACGUUUAUAUGUAUAUGUGAAAAAUAGUUAGUUACUUUUGUAUGUAAAAGGAAAAUUGCGAUUUACUUUACAAAACUACCCUUCAUGAAAAGUAUGAGAGAGAUAUUUUAAGAGUUGGAAAAGAGGAGGUAACAAUUAACAAGGGUACAAUAGAAAAAGAAACAUUAAUGAUUCGUUGAUAUUGUUAAAUAA